AUGAAAGAGGUAAACGCACUUAUAAGGGAGGAUACAAGAAUAUCUGUAGUAGUGUUACAUAGCUUGGUACGAGGAAUAUUUUGUGCGGGUGCAAAUUUAAAGGAGCGGUUCAAGAUGUCAGAAGAAGAAGUAGCAAAAUUUGUGCGUGGCCUAAGAGAAACAUUUAUAGAAAUAGAAGAUCUGCCUAUGCCUACUAUUGCAGCUAUUGAAGGAGUUGCAGUAGGUGGUGGGCUUGAACUCGCUCUCGCAUGUGACAUACGAGUGGCAGCGGAGACUGCCCGAUUAGGCUUAGUUGAGACUGGAAGGGGCCUCAUACCUGGUGCUGGGGGCACUCAACGUUUACCACGUGUGAUACAUCCAAAUAUAGCCAAGGAAUUAAUCUUUACAUCAAGAAUUAUAAACGGAAAAGAGGCUAAAGAAAUGGGUAUUGUAAACCACGCUGUAGCACAAAACGAAAACAACAAUGCAGCUUUCGAAAAGGCGCUAGAACUAGCGAGGGAGAUACUGCCCAACGCGCCUAUUGCUCUGCGAUGCGCCAAGCAGGCCAUUAAUGAGGGUGUUCAACUUAGCAUCAAGGAUGGAUAUGAAGUUGAGCAGAAAUAUUACGAAAUCAAUGUACCGACCAAGGACCGGCAGGAAGGCAUGCUUUCCUUCAUUGAAAAGAGGAAACCAAAAUACAAAGGGCAU